AACUUGAAGGUUAAUUAAAAGUUAACUCCAACGUGGUGUGUAUCUGUAACGUGCCAUUGUCAUAUGAUGUAUUGUUUUAGACUGAGUGUGAAUAUUUAUACCAUAUAAAAAGAUUAAUACUCCAGUAAAAUGCUUCACAUGACAUCAAAAGUAGAUGAUGAACUCUUUGAAAUUAUUGAAAGUACAUCGACUUCUUUAGAUGCUAAACAUAAAGGCUGGGAGCUGAUUUUAGGACUUACUGCAACUACUGAUGGUCUGAGUCAUGUGAUAACUUCACAGAAGUACAUUCCAUUUAUUUUAUCCUACAUACGACAAGAGGAAGCAAUUCAUGAAUGUGUUCAUCUUGCCUACAAAUGCUUAAUAAGUAUAUCAAAUCAAGAAAGGGGCGCCUGUGCAAUAUUAGAUGUGGAAAAAGACUUCAUUUCAUACUUGAUAAAUAAUAUUUCAAGUAGCUCAGAUUUUAUUGAGACAAAGUGUUACAUUCUGUCUAACAUGUCAUCCCAUUCUAGCAUUGUGGAAGAUAUUGCUAAGUGUAUGUGUUCUUCUGAGGGUACAUUGAACAAUAUGAAGAAAUCCUUUUUUAGCCUUGAAAGUUGUGAAAGAAAAAAAUAUGAUUUCUUGGCUUUAGUAUUUGCUAAUCUUAUACGCUUGCCUAUUUGCAGGAGAAUUAUUUUAGAGGACAAAAAUUUUAUGGACAGCAUUUGUGUAUGCUUCAAUGCUUCAGAAUCUGAAGUGAGACGUAUUGGAGCAGCUUUAAUGCUCCGGAAUUGUUGCCUUGAAAUAUCUCAUCAUGAGAAGUUAUUAAACGAUUUUGAGAUCCUUCCUACAAUUUUACUUCCACUUAUGGGACCUGAAGAGUAUGAAGAAGAAGAAAUGGAUAAAUUGCCUCAAGAAUGCCAAUAUUUAGAAGAUUCUAAAGAAAGAGACAAAAGUCCUUUUGUCCGCAGAAUUUUAGUUCAAGUCCUAAUUUUGCUAUGCUACUCUGAAAACGGGUGGAACAUUUUAAAGUCAAGAGGUGUGUAUUACGUUGUACGUGAAUUGCACAAGUGGGACAAAGAUUCACAAGUCAUUGAAGCCAUUGAACAUCUCGUCACAUAUUUACUAGUAGAAACAUAUUCUUUGAAAAAUCCUGAUGGAAGUAAAAUUUCUGAAGAAACUCUCUUAGAGGAGUUAAAAACAGACUUCUUAAGUGAUUUGCCUGAUUUUGUUGUAUAAAAUGUUUUGUAUUAAAAAAUAAUAAA